AUGCUGGAGAUGCGCAGGGAGGUCGAGAAGAUCUUGAAGGAACGCGAUGUGCCCUGUUUGAAGCUCCACGGCGAGUAUGGGGCCCUGGAGCUGUCUACAGCACUGCAGCGGUGGCCUGAGAUCUUCAGCACUUUGCUGUCUGCAGAGGAAUUGCAAAUGAGCUUUGAUAUCGCCAUCUACGACAUGCAUGUGAAGGAGCCAUUGCAACCUACCUUUGCUAUCGGUGUCUCCAAACUCUUCAGCCUGGAAGUACCUGGUGUUGCAGAGAAGCGCCCCUCCGUCCUUCGUGGCGAUGCAGUACUGGUCAUAAGUAAGACUGGACGUUUCAAGGCAUAUGUGCAUAGAGUGCAACUCGACAGGGUGGAUCUGUCAUUCCACCAGACGUUCGACAACAAUCCGCCGUUUGAGGUGAAAUUCUUUUUCACCCGAACGCCCCUGAAGCUCAUGCACCGUGCCUUGGCAGACACCAGCGAUCGAGUGCAUUUUGUUUACAGCCGCGAGCCCGGGCAGAUGCCCACGGCGGCUCCCGUUGCUGCUCCUGGCCUGAAUGAAGAGCAGUCGCGCUUUGUGGAGACCGUCGUCCGGGCCCGGCGCAUCACACGGAUCACUUUGUCUGCGGCAGAGAGGGAGUUGAACGAGAGCCUGUCGGGUGCAACUUCAACUGCGCGGGAUCGUCGGUUGAUGAAAGGUGGGGAGACUUUGCUGUACCAUCAAACAGACACCACUUCGGCUCAGAGAAUUUUGGAAUCAGGGCGAAUGUUCAGGGGCCGCACAGGUGCUUUGGGUGGCGGCAUCUACUUUGCCAAAACCCCUGCUGAUACACACAGGAAGGCACACCAUCACGGUCCCAUCUUGGAGUGUCUCGUGAAGCUUGGGCGGAUCAAGGAGGUAACCACCACCGACUCCACAAUAACGUUCACCAAGCUGCAGAGCGAAGGCUUUGAUUCCGUGCUGUACAAAGGGUUCCCAUCUGGCCCUGAGUACGUGGCGUACAACUUCGACCAAGUCAAACCUGUUUGCAUACAUGGCCAGCAUCAGCAGUUGGUACCAUCUGUUCUGCCGCUUUUGCUCUGGGGACCUCCCGGCACAGGCAAGACCACCACGCCCUCCGUCACCACGUUAGUCGCUGCCAUCCACAAGGUUCUACAGAUCCCCGGCGCGAAGGUGCUAGCAACUGCCCCGUCCAACGCCGCAGCUGACUUGAUUUGUGAGAAGCUGGGCGCCGCAGGCAUUGUCAAGAUGCUGCGUCUCAACGGCAUGCUUCGCAAUGAAGCGGACGUGCCACCUUCUGUGAAGCCCUUCACUAGGAGAGGUCAAGCUGGUUUUGACACCUUCAGCAUCCCAAGCCUGGAAGAGCUGCAGUCCUUUGACAUCAUCGUUUCCACCUGCACAGCGGCGGGCUACCUGGCGAGCCAAGCGAGGCUGCCGGGCUGGUUUACCCACGUUUUUGUGGAUGAGGCCGCGCAAGCCCUGGAACCAGAGGUUUUAAUCCCCAUCAGCGUUGCAGAGGCAGGAGCCCUGGUGGUGCUUGCAGGUGACUUCAAGCAGCUGGGUCCUGUGAUAAGAUCGCCUGAGGCUGCUCAGCGGGGCUUGGAUACGUCCCUACUCGAGCGUGUCGUGCAGCAUAUUGGCAUCGACCACCGGCGAGUUCAUACACUCUUACGGUCCUACAGAGCUCAUCCCAGCAUCAUGCACAUCUACAAUAUCACCAUGUAUGGUGGAAUGCUGCAAUGCUCAUGCCCAGCAAGCAGCUAUGACAUGACCCACUGGAGCCGCUGCUCCUUGGGUGCUGUUGGGACCCGGCACCCGGUGAUCUUCCAUCACGUCUGUGGAUCUGAAGCUCGAGAAUCAACGUCACCGUCUUGGUCAAACCCAGACGAGGUGGAAGUACUCCGCACGUAUGUGCAGGAGCUGAGUGCAAUGGGUGUUCCUGCAACGGAUGUGGGCAUCAUCACUCCCUAUCAACUGCAGUGCAAGCGUUUGCGGCUCAUGUGCAAGACGGAGCAAUUCCCAGCUCUGGUGGGAACUACGGAGCAGUUUCAAGGCCGUGAGAAUCGCAUCAUUCUAAUCUCCACCGUGCGCUCCCGUCAGGAGAACGAGGUGCCAAUGGACCUGAAGUUUGCCCUCGGUUUUGUGGGAAACGAGAAGCGCUCCAACGUGGCUCUCAGCCGCGCGAGGUCGAUGCUGGUGCUCGUGGGAAACCUGCGGUUGCUGUCAGCAGAUUCCCACUGGAACAAGAUCAUAAGGCUCGCCGCGGAGAGGGGUUACUGUAGCGGCCAGCCCUUUGAGCUUCAGAGGCCUUGGAUCAUUGAUGGCCGAGCUUCUCAAACAGCCUCGGGGGCUGAGCAGGAGCUGGUCUCACGACCUUGGCUAAGGCUCGAGUAG